AACUGGCUGACGUUUCUAGUUCAGAGGAGCUUGAAGGCAAGAGCGUUGGAAUGUCAGGGGACCAUCGUACGGUCAUCAAAGGUAGUCCAUCCCAGUAUGUUAAGCUGAAUGUAGGUGGAUCUCUUCACUAUACCACAAUAGGAACAUUGACCAAACAUGACACUAUGCUACGUGCAAUGUUCAGUGGACGCAUGGAAGUUCUGACAGACUCAGAGGGCUGGAUUUUAAUUGAUAGAUGUGGAAAACAUUUUGGCAUAAUCCUGAACUUCUUAAGAGAUGGGAGUGCUCCACUCCCUGAAAGUCCUAGAGAAACUGCAGAAUUAUUGGCUGAAGCCAAAUAUUACUGUGUAGCAGAGCUAGUGAAUGCCUGUGAAAAUGCAUUGAAGCGGAGAGAGCGAGAACGGGACGUCGAACCCUCUUGUCGCGUGCCGCUGGUUACUUCAGCUCGCGAAGAACAAAUGUUGAUAUCGACUUCAGCAAAACCAGUUGUGAAGUUGCUUAUCAACCGCCAUAACAAUAAAUAUUCGUAUACGAGCGCUUCCGAUGACAAUUUGCUCAAAAAUCUAGAACUAUUUGAUAAGUUAAGUUUGAGAUUCAGUGGACGGGUCCUUUUCCUGAAAGAUGUAAUUGGAUCUCAAGAAAUCUGCUUGUGGAGCUUUUUUGGACAUGGGAAGAAGGUAGCGGAAGUGUGUUGCACAAGCAUCGUCUACGCUACGGAUAAAAAGCAUACCAAGGUUGAAUUUCCGGAGGCAAGAAUUUACGAAGAAACCCUAAACAUUUUGUUGUAUGAACACCGUCCCGGUCCAGAUGCUGAUUUAAUGCAAGCAACUUCAACCGCAAAAGAUUUUAGUGGAAUCAUUUCCAAGGCAAGUAUUAAAGUGUUGGCUGAAUCAGAUGAACAGGAAGUAGUUCGGGAAAUUCAAGAAUUUUAUGCAGAUUUUUUUGCGGUUGGACCUCACCUAUUUUCAUUAAAUUUGGAAAAACCUAUUCAUGGUAUGGAAUGGAACCCAAAUUGUUUGCAAAGAUCUGUCCAAGGUGUUUUAAGUGUCUUGUUAUCCUUGAAGAAAAAUCCAAUCAUUCGAUACCAGAAUUUUUCUUCUUUGGCUCGCCGUCUUGCCGAAAAUAUACGUGACACGAUUUUAAAGGAGUCUUCCUUAUUCCAUUUUCACAGAGGAGAAAGUAUACCUCUCUUACUUAUUCUGGAUCGACGCUGUGAUCCUAUCACUCCGUUACUUAAUCAGUGGACAUAUCAAGCUAUGGUGCACGAAUUGUUGUCCAUAAAAAAUAACAGAGUCAGCUUAGUCGGUGUUCCCGGUGCACCUAAAGACAUGAGUGAAGUCUUGCUCUCCGCAGAACAGGAUGAAUUUUACGCAAAUAAUAUGUACCUGAACUUCGGAGACAUUGGCCAAACCAUCAAGUCUUUAAUGGACGAAUUCCAAAUGAAAGCUAAAAGCCAUCAAAAAGUUGAAAGCAUAGCAGAUAUGAAAGCAUUUGUCGAAAAUUAUCCUCAGUUUAAGAAAAUGUCAGGGGCAGUCACGAAACAUGUCACAUUAGUAGGAGAACUCUCACGGCUGGUGACGCAGCACAAUCUUCUAGAAGUCUCCGAAGCUGAACAAGAACUGGCGUGCCAAGAGGAACACACGCAGUCCCUUACAAAAAUUCGUAGACUGUUAGUUACUGACCAGAUUCGAGAUCUUGACGCUGCCCGACUGGUUUUCCUUUACGCCAUCAGGUACCACAAGCAUCAAAGCAAGGAUAUCGUAGGCCUAGUGGACUUGCUUCGACGUCGAGGGACACCUGUCCGAUUAAUUGACUGUGUGGAGGGCAUACUUCGCUAUGCUAGUUCCGGUGAAACUGCUGGUUCGAGCAUCUUGACGACGAACGAUGUUACGAAAAUCACAGAAAAGAUAUUUAAGGGUUUAAAGGGCGUUGAAAAUGUAUUUACACAACACUCACCUGUCUUGAAGGAAAUCAUUGACAAUAUGGUUAAAGGGCGGUUAUCUGAAGAAGCCUUCCCCACUGUCGGAGGCGAAUCUUUGCCUGCGAGAAUCCAAGAUGUAGUCAUUUUUAUAGUGGGUGGAGUGACUCAUGAAGAGUCAUUUGCAGUCCAUCAAUUCUGUCGAGCCAACACAGGAAUUCGAAUCGCGCUCGGAGGCACUCUAAUUCACAAUAGCCAGUCCUUCAUAUCUGAUAUGGAAGCUGCCGUUAAAUAUUUGCCUGCUGGCAAUGCAAAAUAUCCCCAUAAUUCUGCCCCAUCUGGUUCUGGUCGCCAUUCUAAGUUAACUUGAAUCUAUUGAGAUCCCUUUCCCUACCUCGCGAGAAAAAAAAUGCUAUCCAAAAGAAUUGAAUGUAUCAUCCAUGUUAUUUUCCUUAAAUGUAUCCAGAGUACAGCUGAAUGUUAAAAAAAAAAUGAUUGCCUACUUUA